AGAAACAGCGGAAAAAGGUUUGGGGGGAAGAGAGCGAAAGAGAUGGAGGUGGGUGGGGAAUUCAGAUGGAACUCUUUCAAACACAACCAGAGAGGCUAAGAGCUGGAGACAAAGGCAGGAAGACUUUUUAAACAAGAAAGCAUAAAAAUCCAGGAUUUUCUCCCAUCUGGGAUGCAGUAGCAGACAGCCGAACAAAUUAAACUGUAUUCUGAUUUAAGAUCAUUCUCAGCAUCUUUUGGAGAAUGCAAAUAAACUUCUAGAGAGUUAGGAUUGGAGAAUUUCAGAAGCUGGGGACAAAAACCAUCCUAACAAGAUUUUAAAUCAUGGACGGAUUCAUUUGGGAGAAACAGUGAUCUUGCCCAGGAUUAUUUUGAACUGUAAAGGUAAGCAGCAACUAGAAUUAUACUAAAUCGAGGACUUCCUGUAUUUUUUGCUUCCCUCUCACACAAAACGAACAAACAAAGCCCUCAUUUUCUGUUAAAAAAAUUGAGGACAAUGUCAGCAUUUUAGUAGGUUUUGGUCAAUAUUCCUCCCUAUAAUGUUCUGAAUCAGCGGAAGCCUCCUGACAUUUUUCAAAGUCAGUUUCACGGUGUACUUAAGGAGUAAUAUGUGCUUUGUUUGAUGAAUGUACAUUUCUGGCUAAGGAAAUGCAGUUGAGCGCCUGAGUAAUUUAGGAAAAUGUAUCCUUUGAAUGUUAUGUGUUCGUAACAGAAAGCAUCGGCUGAUUCUUUACCCCAGAAGAUGGCUUAAUCGGAUUUAACGAUGUUUGUUUUUGUAAGGCUUUCUCCUGAUCUUAAGAUGAUCUGGACUUGAUGGGUGUCCCCAUUCCAGCCCCUGCCUUGUGGCAGAAUGGGGAGCAGUUCUUCAGCCCUCAAAAUUUGCACUGAUCACCAAGGGGGCAUCAACUGGAUCAGCCUGAGUCCAGACGGGCAGUGGCUGUUAACGGGCAGUGAAGAUGGGACGGCACGACUCUGGAGCACUGCCAACAACGAAUGUCAGGCCCAUUUUCAAGGCCAUGAAAGCUACAUCACAUUUUGCCACUUAGAAAAUGAAGUUGCUUUCACCUGCAGUGCAGAUCACACUAUCAGAAAAUGGGAUAUGAUGACCGGAAGAUGCCUUGCUAUUUAUCGUGGACACACAUCGAUUGUGAAUAGAAUCCUAGUUUUCAAGGAUUACCUCUUCAGUGGAUCCUACGACAGGACUGCACGCUGCUGGAGUGUGGAUAAGGAAAAACCGAUCCAGGAGUUUCGGGGCCAUCGCAACUGCGUCCUGGCCCUGGCGCUCUACUCUUCGAAGGAUGUCCUUGAAGAGGAAGAGAUGGAGGAGGAGGUGGAAGAGGUGGAAGAGCUAAGCCAAGACUUCCUGGUGACGGGGAGCACGGACUGCACUGUCAAAGUCUGGUGGGUAUCCACUGGGCGCUGCCACCAGACCCUGCUGGGACACACUGGGGCUGUCUUAUGCCUUAUACUUGAUGCUCCGAAUAGAGAGCUCUUUUCGGGAAGCACUGAUUACACCAUUCGGACUUGGAACAUUGUGACAGGGGAACAGUUGAGAGUCUUCAAAGAGCAUCAAGGAUCCAUCAUUUGCCUUGAGCUUGUCAAUCGAUGCUUGUAUUCAGGUAGCACGGACAAAACAGUGAAGUGUUGGUUGACUGACACUGGAGAGAGGAUAAGGACCUACAAGGCACAUAAACACACUGUCAGUGCUUUGAAAUACCAUGCUGGAAUAUUGUUUACUGGAAGUGGUGAUGCUUGUGCACGAGCUUUUAAUACAAAGACUGGCAUUCUGCAAAGAGUGUUUCGCGGCCAUAAAUUGGUUAUUAACUGCAUCCAGAUUCACAAUGAAUUAUUGUACACAGCUUCCCACGAUGGCACGCUGAGGAUCUGGGACAUCCGGCAGAUUUGUAAACGGAACAAGCGUCGUUUGAAGGAACGGUCUAUCCAAGGUAGACAUUUCCACAAGGGAAGCUUGCCUCGUCUUUUCAACAACAAAGUGGGUUGUGUGCUUCAUCAGGAAAAUGGAGGACCACGGGAAACAAUGGAACUUGAGUGAAAACUGGAGGAGAUGAGUAGCAAGCCAGGAAAACUCAUGAUCAAAGACUGGAGCUCAACCUUACCAAACCUCAUUUUACUUUGUGCCUGGCUGGCACUGCCAAGCAUCUACCUAGGGGUUAUGUUUCACAUGAAGAAACAGACUAAAAUAUGACAGACAAGAGUGUAACAGACUAGUGUAUGAGCCUCCCUGAUACGACGUAAAUUUCUACCUUGAUGCUAAUGGAAAAUGAGCUGGAACAAUGCUUGCUCACAUUCUUGAAUCCAAUACAUCUCCAGUGUUACGAAGGAGGCCAACAUUGUUGAACUGUGGUGCUGCUUCUUGACUGGUGGAUCGUAGGAUGGAUGGUGCCCAGACAUUGUUCAUAUUGUGUGGUCCAGGGCUUGGGAACUGAAUUCCAAACAACCAAUGCUAUUGGAAGGGACAAGAGAAAGAUAUUUUUAAGAAACAGGUAUGCAGAACUUAUCAAAUUGGAUGGAGGGAACAUCUAAAGAUACAUCCAGAAACACAUGAGAAAAGAAUAGCUGCUUUACAUGGAAAUUGGUAUCGGUGCCAUUUUUACAGAUUGUUGAGGCCAAGUUGGAAUCCAGCUGAACAUGUUUUAUAUUUGAGAAAACCAUCUUCCCCUCCCACUUCAAAACAAUUAUGGUGUAUCCUGAACUUGACUAAUUAGUAAUCAGCAUAAAUCUAUUUUGGAUCGACAGGGCAUUCUGUCAGCGCUCUGUGCCAGUGUUUCUCAACCUUGGCAAUGUUAAGAGGUCUGGACUUCAACUCCCAGAAUU